UUUUUGUAAGGGAUUUUUUGUCAUUUCUGCGGAGCUCAGUGUGGCUUAUUAGGAGACAGGGUGACUAGGGUUUUCUGUGCCUCUUGGGGCCUGUGGAAGAGGAGUGUCCUGAUUUUCCCAUCUAUAAGAUGGGGAUGAGCCUGUGGUGGAGUGUUAUCAGCUCAUUCAUGUCUGUAAAAUGCUUUAAUAUCCUGGCAUGGAAGAUGCUAUAGGCAAAUGCCAAGUAUCACCAUUAACUGCAUCUUCCAAUGCACCUGUAGUGGGGAACAUUUGUACAGUGUUAACUAGUGUGAUUGAUGCUUGUGUUCCCUUCAGAAAAUGAACGAGUGGGCGCCCAUAGCAAAGGAGUAUGACCCCCUCAAAGCAGGGAGCAUUGAUGGCACAGAUGAAGAGCCUCAUGACCGUGCCAUCUGGAGAGCCAUGUUGGCACGGUAUGUACCCAAUAAGGGGGUUACAGGAGAUCCCCACCUCACUCUCUUUGUAGCAAGAUUGAAUCUACAAACCACUGAAGAGAAGUUGCAGGAAGCCUUUUCCAGAUAUGGAGACAUAAGGAAGACUCGUCUGGUUAGAGACUUGGUCACAGGCUUUUCCAAGGGCUAUGCAUUUAUAGAGUACAAAGAAGAACGGGCACUGUUGAAAGCCCAUAGGGAUGCCAACAGACUGGUUAUUGACCAGCAUGAGAUAUUUGUGGACUUUGAGCUGGAAAGGACCCUCAAAGGAUGGAUCCCUCGGAGGCUUGGAGGUGGUUUUGGUGGCAAGAAGGAAUCUGGGCAGCUGCGGUUUGGAGGGCGGGACAGGCCUUUCCGAAAGCCCAUCAAUUUGCCAACGAUGAAAAGUGACUUCUAUGGAGAGGGGCCAAUGGAGAAAAGAGAGAGGAGCUGGUCUCGUGAGGGAGUGAAGGACUGGAGAGUGAGGGACCGAGAUCCUGAAAGGAAUCGAGACAAGAGAUGGCUGGAAAGAGAACAAUCAUGGGCUUGGGGUGAAAGUGAUCGGGAGAGAGAGCGAGAUUCCAAAGAUGAAAGGAGCAGAGGAAGAGAAAGAAAGGACAGAGAGAGAAAAGAUAAGGAAAGAGACCGAAGCAGGGAGAGAGACCCUAAGAAGCAAAGAGAUGACGACAAACAUCGGUAGAAGGCAUAGGCCCAACACCCAUGAACUGUGUGGAUGUUUGGGCAUAGAUUCUGCAGCCACACACUUCCAAAAACUACUGAUCCAAACAACCCUGAACUGUGGUCAAGUUCUAAUCCAGAUUUAGGCCCAUCUCUGCAAGGUGAGGGGUGAUAAAUAAUAGAGGGUGGCAACCUGAUAUGUAGGAAGUGGUAUAAUGUGUAUUUACUGAUUAUAAAAAGGCCUCCCAAAUGGUGAACAACCAACCGUGGGGGGGGGGGGGGGGG